AUGACACAGGUUCUCCUAUGCCAGCAAUACAUGAGGAAGAAUAUGGUGAGUCUCCAAUCUUGGAUACUGAACCACAAAGAUAAGGAGAAGCAUAGGGUCAAGCUCAAUAAGACCAACUAUGCCAAAAACCUUGUGUCUAAGUUUGAUCUAGAGUUGGCCAAACAUGCACGUACUCCUAUGAACACCAGUCUUCACAUUUCCAAAGAUUCCUCUGGUACUGAUGUUGAUCUUACCCUCUAUAGGAGUAUGAUAUGGAGUCUUUUGUACCUCACAGCCUGUCGACCUGACAUUGCAUUUAGUGUAGGUGUUUGUGCUCGAUACCAAGCAUGUCCUAAAGAGUCUCAUCUGCUUGCGGUCAAACGCAUUAUUAAGUAUGUUAAUGGGACAUUGGGGUAUGGGAUUUGGUUCACGACCGACACUACUGCUAAGAUCACUGGUUUUUCUGAUGCCGAUUGGGCAAGGUCUCACUUGACAGUGUGA